UUUAUGUCUUUGUUUACCAUUUUUGAAGUAUGUUUACGAAACAAGAAAAUAAUUUAGAUUUUAUCCUACCCAUUUACAAGUAUUUUGAUGGAGUGUUGAACAAUAAUGGACAGUGAAUAUUUCACCAUAACUCAGCCACAGAGUAUUCUUGAUUUGCCGGAACAUUUCUUCUUGGAAUACUUGUCGAAAUACCUUGAAAUCCCAGAACUGUUCAAUUUCCGAUGUUGCUCCAGGAUGUGCAGAGAUUUGGUAGAUCAGAUACUUGGAAGGCGAAAACGACUCUAUAUUCAGAGAAAAAAUAUCCUAGAUGACAAUAAAGAGGACAGAAGAGAGAUAUCUUUCCGGGUCAUUGCUCAGAAAUGCAAAAUGCUCAGAGAGAUUCAUCUGAUAAAUUUGUUCUGGCUCACGGAUGAUCUACUUCUUGAACUUCUGAAUAACAAUACUGAAUUGGAAGUUCUUAUCCUUCACUGGUGCUUUGAAAUAACUACCCGUGGUCUUCAUCCACUUGCUGUUAAAUGUAAGAAACUCCAUACCCUCCACAUAGCUGAUGUAAGAGUUUGCGAUGGUUUCCUGCAGACUCUAAAUAUACACAAUAAUCAUCUUGAGGAUAUUUGUUUAUCCCUUUAUUCCCUCUCUGAAGAAACCCUCCAGGAUUUCUUCAAGAUGCAGCAUCAUUUGAAAAAGAUCUGCAUGUUCAAUUUCGUGUAUGUGGAUAUGUUGGAGAAGCAUUCAUUUAUUCUAAACACGAUAGCAAAUUAUUGCAAGGACUUAGAAUACUUGGAUAUCCUCGAUACUGGUUGGGUGAAUGAUGAGGCAGUUCUGAAUGUCGCUAGAAACUGCCCAAAAAUCACAAAUCUUAUUGUGGAUUUAGAUAAACUUUCCAAUAAUACGAUUGAGUACUUAAAAUCGAAGAAAAUUGACACAGAUUCGGAAAAUUUAUCGUACGUUGAGUAUAUGAAGUUCUCUACCGAAUCGAAGAGAUACUUUUUUUAAGUGUUAAUACUGUUUUUUUUUUGUAAAUAAAAGAAAAUAAAUUAUUUGAAUAAUAA